UUCGUGCGACGUGACCGGGUGGGUGUGAGUUUGUUCACGCUUUCCUAUUGUUCGGAUGAAGAAUGGCUUGUGGUUUUGGGCAUGUGCGCGCGUGUUUGCAUACAUGUGUGGGCGUGUCCCCUAUAACCUGGGGUAGCCUCGGAAGAAGAAAAGGCUUGUGGUAGUGUGCGCAUAUGCCCCAAAUAACCCCGGGUAGCUUAGUCAGUCCCCUAACGUUGCGAGAGGAGCGUCAUGGAGGAAGUCUUCGCCGUCAUGAACUUACAACAACAACAACAACAACAACAACAGCCCCACGCUGCCGCUGCAACUCUUCAUGCUGACGAUGUUGACGAUCAGAUAAUGGGUCAAGCCGCAUUAGAAGUUGAAGCCAUGGAUAACACAUCCCAAGCUGAAGCCGUGGAUAACACAUCACAUCCCAGAAACGGAGCGGAUGUUGGUGGUGGUGAGGUGGGGGAUGUUCCAGAAACUCCCAAGUCUACCGGUGAACAUAUCACGGGCGAGUCAUUGGGCAACAACAACCGCGGCGCGUUGGGAGGUGUCGGUAAAAUGGGGCGGCGUGUGCUGAGGGAAGGAUGUGAUACCUCCAUUACCAGUGUCUCAUCUGAAGAACGACCCACCGGACAGCGUAACGCAUAUCCACGGCAACAACAACAGACACGCUUCGGUGAUGGUGUGUCUUGACUCUCCGUCGGGCGCUGAAUCGCGAGAGCGGCGGCGAAGUCGUCUGCAGCAAAAAGAUCAUGAAAUGCGUCAAUCACGACUGGAAAAAAA